UGAAUGACACUUUCCACAUAUUUCAGAGCAUGUCCAACACAUUGGAGGGUCUUCUUCAAGAGGAAAAGGUCCUGAAUGAGGGCAUUGAGAGGACUCAAGCACAUGUACUUUCUCUUAACAAAGACAUCCUCUCUCAGGAGGAGAAAAUCAACAGAGCCGUCAAACAGUGUGCCAAAUAUACCAAGGAAAUCCGUUCUGGUAAACAGAGCACAGAGAAAACCUUUGAAGAACGCGACAUUGAGCUGCGAGAACUCCGAGAUUUUAACAAAAGCAUAAAUAAGAUGCUUCUGGAUGCCAUGGAGGGGAAUCCUGAACUGUCAUCUAUAUUACAGAUACACUUUACGCAGGCUGGCUUGUCUCUGCCCUCUCCUUCCUCCACACCAUCUAGUCGUCUAAGCUCAAAGCCCAGCUCUGCCCGCAGUUCAGCUUCACUCCAUCGAUCCUCAAAUCUAUCAGCCAGCAGCAGUCCCAGAAGCCAAUCUGUCUCAUCCCCACAAAUGAAGACUGUGGAUCUGGGUCUCGGCCUCUCAGUCACAUCCCCACGAGGAUCUCAGCCAUCCAGUGCUGGAAGCAGCAGAAGCAGCAGCAAGUGCAAGAGCCCGUAGACAGACCUAAAUUCACACCACUCUCUUUCUGAAGUGCUGUCUGUCGACCGGGAAAUGAUUAUUUAUGAUUACAACAUUACCACCAUUCUUGUGUUUCCAGUUUUACAGCAUUUUGAGUGAUUUGAUCCAUUAAAUUAAUUAUCAUUAAUUUAAAAAAUAAAUUCCAGAAAGUAUCCUUUCAACUUUACUAUAAACAAACAGCUUGGUUACUGGUGAAAGGUUGGAAUAAUUAAAGGGAAAGUUCACCCAAAACUGAAAGUUCUGUCAUUGUUUACUCACCCUUUACUUUUUUCCAAACCUGUUUGGCUUUCUUUCUUCUGUUGACACAAAAGAAGGUUUUUCGAAAAAAAACCUGUAACCAUUGACUUCCAAAGUAUUUGCCUUUCCGACUAUAAAAAUACUUGUCAUUGGG